AUGAAAACCGCCACUAAGUUCAGGCUACCGCGGUGUUCUUUGUUGACACUGGACGCUUAUGAUACCUUGUAUACACCUCGGGAGCAAAUUGCCAUAGCUUACAAUCGUAUUGCAGGCGCAAACAACACAGACGCAGUCGUGGACCCUGGGGAAUUUAAGCAAAAGUUUAAAAGCGCAUUCAGGAGCGUGUGGCAGAAAUAUCCAAACUAUGGCAAAGCAGUAGAUAUGCCGAUAGACAAUUUUUGGCAUCAUGUCUUAUCUACGCUUUAUGGGGGCGACUACGGCUUUAUCAACGAGAUAAUCAGACAUUUUGAGACGCGGGAAGCCUACAAAGUAUUUGACGACGUCCAGCCUUUUCUAAACUCAAUCAAGAACUCGAAAGUUAAAACAUGUAUUGCCUCUAAUGCAGAUCGGAGAAUCGUGCGACUGAUCAUUGACGAGUUCGAGCUCGGUAAUUUUCUCAAACCAGAGGAUAUCUUCCUUAGUUACGAUCUAGGGGUAUCCAAGCCUAACAGCAGAUUUUUCAAACUAAUAUUGGAACACGUACAAAGAAGAAAUCCUACAAAUGUUGAUGAAGCGUGGCAUGUUGGCGAAGACAGACCAUACAUCUGGCCUUCUUGGUGA